UUCAGACCUACUGAAUGUGCAAGUAAAAUUUGCUAAAAACCAUUCAAGCCGAGAGAGGAGUAUGAAUUCAAUCAGACACAACUUAUCACUGAACAAAUGCUUCAUGAAGGUGCCUCGCAGCAAGGAUGAUCCAGGCAAGGGCUCCUACUGGGCUAUGGAUACCAGCUACAAGAUGGCAGAGGUCACCCCACGACGCCGCCGCAGCCUCAGGAUGGCGCCGUACAGUCCAGAAUGCAGUUCAAACAGCAGUGGUGAGGCGGGCAUGUUGCCGUGCGCUAUAGACGCCGCGCCCACACCGCCUGCCACGCCCACCACGCCCACAUCGCCCACUGUCACCGCAGUUACUACAGUCAAAGAGGAGCCUAUGGUUAAAGAGGAGAACGAUAUGAGCCACACCGACGACGCACUAUCGGCUUUGAUGAACGAAGAACUGAUGCCAGAUGUAGACAUCAGUAGAG